ACGUCACACUCGUCUCCUUCGUUCUUCCAUCUUUUUACCACUUAUCCGUUACGAAUUUAGUCGACCGUUGGACUUGUGCAGCUGGCUUUUCAGUCUUUCACUCGACUUUUCGGACAACUUUAUUUUCUUUGAUAUAAAACCCUAAGAACAAAUUCAAAUGAGUGGCCUCAAUCUCAAAUUUUCAUCCACCUUCUUCACUGCCUCUCUGCCUCUAACCCAAUCCCAAAUUCCAAACCCUAAAUUUCCUCAAUUCCAACAAUACUCUUUCAGAAAUCGACAGACUAAACGAUGUGGUUUCAUAGCAGCACAUGCUGACUCUUCCGGUCUUCCGCUCCUCCCAUUUGAUAUAAACCAGGUUCUUAUUCCAUCUGAGAGUAAGACACUGCACUUUUAUGAAGCAAGAUAUUUAGCACUGUUGGAAGAGGUUGGGGGAGUUCCAUGGUUUGGGGGGCUCCUGUUAGGGGCAUUGCAACUCGCUUGGUGGUUGGUAGUUGUUAAGAAGUCUUUAUUUCGAAAGAAGAAGCUCUUUGUGCAUUUUGUUUUGGAUCCUGUUAUCGUUGGUGAUUCAUCAGCCGGAUCAUCCUUUGCUGCUAGAUAUGGUUGUUUAGUCAUAAUAGAAAAUGUUGAGCGAUUAGAUGUUGGAGCAUUAGUCUCAAUAAGGGGAAUUGGUCGUGUCAAGAUCAUGGAAUUUGUUCAGGCAGAUCCAUACUUGAAAGGUAUAGUCAUUCCAAUGCAGGACAAUAUUUUUGAAUGUGAGAGUGAAAUAAGCUCUAAAGUUUCAGAACUUAAGGAGGCUCUUUACAGUUUGAAUAGCUUGGAGAUCAAACUAAAGGCUCCUAAGGAGGAAUUGUUGCAAACAUGUAUUGCCAAGUCCUUAAUGUGGGCAGAAAAGGAGCCUUCUGUGGAUUGUGAUGAAGCUUUUGUUCCAUCAUUGGCUGAACGAAUAUCCUUUGCAGCACUUCAACCUGUAACAGGUAAAUGUGUCUGUGAUCCUUUCCUCUUUUCUAUUGCUAUAGAAAUUCACCUGAGUUCUAUGUCAAGCCAUAUCUUUGUUAGAUCCUUAAAAAUGAUAUUGCUUCUCACUGCCUUGACUAAAGCUUUUUCAUCCUUUUUCUGCCUUCAAUUCAAACCAAAUUAUGUGUCUGGUGCACUUUACUGAAACCAAGUUAGAAAGCAAGGGGAUGGACCCUUUUGCAUAAGGAGAGUAGAAUUUUUAUGAUGCCAAAAAUAUGGAAUAGAAAAAGAAAGAAAAUACAAGACUUAUUCUUAUAUGGGGAACAACCUAAACUAUUGAUGAAUCCAUAAGAGAAUGCAUCAUGCCUAUCAAACAACCCCGAACCAAAAUUUGCAUGCCUAAAAAACCCUUCUUUGAACUUUGGACUGUCAGGCUCAAUCCCCUCAAUAGUUCUCCUAUCUUUGCCUUUCCAGAUGUGCUAGGUUACUUAGAUUUACUGUGACCAACUUACCAUACAGAAUUUGGCGUUUCUAGUGAACCUCUUAUACAGUUUUUUUUUUUUUUUUUUCUAUUGCAUCAUUGUGUAAAAUUGGACUGCAAAUGUAGUUUCUCCUUGUCUCAAUAUCUGUAUCGUAGAGUUGAAUUAGAAUCUGAAUUGUGUUGCAAGAGGUGACUGAGUCAAAUCCGUACUGUAGUUAGGUUCUAUUUGUGCAGGCUGAACUGCAGAAUCUUCAAAUUUGUUUAAUUGGGUAUCCAAAAGAUGGAAUGUAGCAACUUUCUUGCUAGCCUUCUGGUAUGAAGUUAAUAAGCCUCCAUAACAAGUGGGUCGCCUUGUGACUGCUCAUAAGACCACUCAAAGCUUGUUUUCUUGUGGACAGAAACUUCCUUGAACUGCAUUGAGAUGGUAAGAAGAGACCAGUUAAAAUAAGUACAAGAAAACUAGACGAAAAAAAAAAAUGUUACAUGAUUAAAGAGACGCUGGAGCCAUAGAUACAAACAGUCUGUGGAAGCCUCACUCUUUAACUACAAGAGAAACUUAGAAGAUAGUAAGUUGCAAGAUUAAAGAAAGUUGGGGGCUAAAGAGAGAAACUUCCUCUGUUUGCUUCUGUCACUGCAAACCUGUGUCAGUUUGCUUCUAUUGUUUCCUGUUUCUUUAAAGGAAACAAAUUUUGACAAAAACGAGGUUAAAGAGAGAAACUUCCUCUGAUUGAGUGUAUUCCUAGCUCCACAUUCAUUUUAGUUUGUUGCUUAUUUUCUUUUUCCUCUAUCUUUGUUUAUGGUAUUGGAGCCAAGAGAACUCCACUCAACCACAAGCCACAAACUCACAAUAAAAGAGGACAGUUCCAAUUAAUUAAGACUGCACAAAGGCCACCAAGCCUUAUGACCAAUAGAAAGAAUAACUCCCCUUUUAGCAUUCUGGUAGUCAAAAUUAGUCAUGAGCAGGAUCGGAUUUCAGAAAAGACAGAGGAAAAGAGGAAAAAGCAAUAGCAAUGGCUCCUAACCAGCAGUGUUAAACUGCAAUAGAGAAGAGAACUGAAGAAAAACCAUACUGAAUAAUUUCCAAAUUGCUUGCAAAACUGACCCACCUAGCAUUGAACUGUGGGUUUAAAACUUGCUGAAGUGGGGCAGGUUGGAAAUUUGCAGGCAAACUGAUUUAAUUUUCCUUUUGACUAUGAAAAAUAAGGAGCUUUAGCUAACCCACAUUUAAAAACUCUCUGAAGUUCACACCCCAAAGCCUACGUAUCUAUAUAUAUGUGUGUGCUGCAGAUUUGCUUCACUCCACAUGUAUGACACAUUUGGUAGACAACUUUUUCUGCUACUUCCACUGAAAUUACUAGUUACUAAGUAUGGCUUCAUUCUGGUAUCAAAGUGUCUUUUUUCCUAGCAUGAGAAUUAAGGGAUCUUCUAGGAACAGAAUAUUGGUUUUCUAGGGACAAGAACACUGUCUGGCAAAUGUCUUUGAUGCCAAAUAUCUUCUAGGAACAACCUCACAUCAGCAUGGCCCUGCAAGGCUGCAAUGCUGGUUUCAUUCAUGUCCAACACACAUGUUUUUGUGCAUUUGGCAUGGCGUGAAAGUAUUAAAUUGUCGAUGUUCUAAUGGGAUAAUAGCAAUGUCCUGUUGUGGAUUGGCUGUGGUUAUCAGUGAGAAUCACAGGCACCAGCAACCUCAGAAAUUCCAUUCUGAUCUUAGUGUAUUGAAGCUCAGUUUUCUCAUUAUAUUCCUUGCAUUUCUGUCACGUCCAAUAAAGAAAUCAGUAUAAAAAAAAUGAAAGGAUAAGCAUUUCACACUUGCAAGAUUGUUGUUAUUAGGCUUCAAUAGUUCACUACUGUCAAAAUUCAUGCCUGAUAUAGUG